AUGUUUAAUUUUUUCAGAUGUUGUGUGUGUAUCAAAUGUGAUUAUUAUAACUUGGUAUGGAAAAGAAAAUUGCUUUGGGUUCCUGAAAAGGGAACCCUAACUGGUGAAAGAUACGUGGAAUUUAUGUCAGAAAUUCUGACUAAUUUCUUAGACGAAUUGGAUCUUAUAAGUACACAUCAUCUGCAUUUUCAGCAAGAUGGCGCACCUGCCCACAACUCCAGAGAUAUACUGGGCGUCAUAAGUACUGUUCCUGGGUUGUUUUGGAGAUGUAAGAACUGCAUUCCUAACUGCAUUGUAAUAAAUCAGGAUGAUGUUAAGAAUCUACUGAGUGGCAAAAUUGACGAGGCCAUGGCUUCUUUCAAGAAUCAAGUCACGAAAUUAUCUGCUGAUAUAUCAAGAUCUAUGAAAUCAUCUCAUGCAGUACCUUCUGUCAACAAGCCUGUAGUAUCCUAUGCCGAAGUCGUUAGAAACAAGACCCAGCCAGCAGGCUAG